AUGGAACCCGAAUCUGAAGAUUUGUGUGCAAGUUUACAAGAUUCAGACUUAACUUGGCCUGAAAUUGAGACAAUUUGGAAAAAAACUAACAAUUUUAGGCUUCAAUAUAUUAAGAAUAACAACACAGCGUCUAUUUUCAAAAAAUGGAUACAGUUUACUCAACCAAUGGGCUAUAAAUUGGUAGAGAUAGAUUUCUGUCACAUGUACUCAAACUUUAAAAACCUACCAGCCAAAUUUGAAAGAAAGUCAUCUUUGCUAUUGAAAAUAUUUGACGAAAGAAUAAAAGAUAAUGCAAGUAAAAUAUUAUUAAAUCAAUUAAAAGAAUCUCCUGAUUUAUGCGAAAAUGGGAAAAACUUGGUUAUAUUUUAUUUGAUGCAUUCGUUAUUUGUACCUUCAUCAAGAAAAAUUACCAGAGAUGACAAUGGAAAAAAAUCUGUCAUAAAAUAUUCCAUAAAAGAUUCUCAAAAUACAUUUAUUAUAGAAGCAUCUACUCCCCUUGAACUAGAAGUCAUCAUAGAGAAACUGAAAAAACAAGAAAAUAAUAUACAGCCAUGUAUACUAGUUGUUGGCUCAUUAUUAAACCCUAAACAAAUAAUAGUAUAUUUCGAUGAUGUUAAAUACAAGUUGUUUUCUGUUUUUAAAGCUAUCGAUAUUUGUUUUAAGCUAUUCCAUGUUUUUAAUCUUGAAUAUCCAUAUGAAUCAAGUAACGUGUGGUUAUUUUUGCAAAAUUAUUUUUAUGAAAUUAACACUAAAUAUGACAAAAGUUGUAGUUUAGUAAAGCAAAUUUUCUCAGAAUUAGAUGCAAAUUAUAAUAUUUAAAACUAAUGUAUUGUUAAGAGUUCCCUAGCCAAUUUUAAUUUUUUUUUAUAUUACAAACCCAACAUUUAUGAUUUAUAAGUACCUAUAAGUAUAUAUUUUUUUUUGUAAUCGUAAGUCGUUUAGGAACAACAGUUCUUCAUUUUUUUUUUUUUUGUUAUAUCUAGUUUUACAUUAUAAUUUUUAAUUUGUAUUAAUAUUUUCUAUAUACUAGAACCAUUUGUUUAAAAAAGAUUAUA